AUGGCGUCGUCGGGCAGAACUGCUGCCGCUGGACUCGACAUUGGACUCUGCAAGGACGACGACGGCCAGAUGAGCGCUUACAACGGCUACGCCAUGUUGAUGGAGCGCGAUUGCAAGCUGUCGGCGAGCAGCAGCAGCGACGACAGCAGCAGCGGGGACGAUGACGGGACCAGUAGUAGCGACAGCAGCAGUGAUUCUAGCAGUGACAGCGGAAGCAAUGACGUCGCACACACCGGUGCGUCCAAGCCGCAGGACAUCGAAGGCGUGCCGACCGACUCCAGCGUAAAGCCAACACCUGUAGAGCCCCUGGACCACAGGGACGACACCAGCAGCAGCAGCGGGGACGACGACGGCUGUAGUAGCGGCGAGAGCAGCAGCGGUUCUAGCAGUGACAGCGGAAGCAGCGACAUCGCGCAGGCCGACGCGUCCCAGUCGGAGGACAUCGACGUCGAAGACGUGCCGACCGCCUCCAGCGUAGAGCUCCCGGGCUCCAGCAUAGCAGCCGCCGCCGUUGCGAGAGAGCCACAGAUGGGCUUCUGGAUUCAGCCGAACGUCGUGCGCCCGGCGGACCUUCCCAGUGAUCACGCGGACGAAGUGCACGACUGGAGCGGUUGGCCCGUAUUCUCUCCAAAUAAGAACGCGGAUCGGAAGCGUGCAAUCGUGCAGAGUCUGGCGGCCAAGGUUCCCCACAUCGCGCUCGUCAACAAGCACGAGUUCCGGCUGCCGAAGAUGGAACUGCUGAUCAGCACACAGGGCAGUUGGCACCGUGCAUUCUUCGUGCUUUAG